AUGACGGCGGGCCUUCUCACAUGGGGAUGCGUGUGGUAUUGGCUCACGCUACUUGUCUUGCUUGCUGGCGGGUGCACUUCCAUGGCGGCGGCCUCCUUCCUGGACGCGGCGGCCCUCAAUGACUCCUCCAUGCACGUUGGGAUCAUGUGCAUCCCGCUGUACGGCCACUGGAAGCCGCUCUGGGCGAUUGGAGAGGCCUUCACCCGACGUGGACACCAUGUCACGUACUUUAGUGAAGAACCUCGGUGGUGCGAGGAGAUCGUGCGCUACGGCGGAGACAGGGCGGCAUGUAUUGACAUGCCUUCACGCGGCGUGUUCCGUGAUGCCGCCUUUUUUGAAAAGUUGAGUCGCGCGGACAGCGUCUUCCUGACCUUUGCGGACCUCUGGAAUGAGUCCUUCCGCCAUCACGAGCUGCAGCUCGGCGGCUACCUUGCGGCGGCCCAGCGGGUGCACGCCCGGCGCCCACUCAGCGUCUUACUAAGCGAUGCCGCCACCUUCGUUGGGGGCUCUGUGGCGCGUGCGUUGGAUGUCCCCUCCGUCCUGUUCUUUCCGCUGACGACGAUGCUUCCGCUGGGCUUCUUCAAUCGCCUCCCGCUCAUGGGCACCGGAUGGCCAGCGCAGAUGAGCAGUUGGCAGCGACUGCAAAACUUCCUUCUACGCGGCAUGCUGGUGGGACUGGCGGACUCACUCCACCGCGUGAACGACGGAAGGGCGUUGUACAAAAUCCCACCCCUCCGUAACGGGUACGAGCUGGGCGGCUGGUACGACACCGUGCUCGCCCCCACCAUUUGGGGGUUUGAUAUUCCGCAGGAACUGUGCCCUAACUUUCAUCCAUUGGGGCUUCUGAGCUUUGACGAGGAUCGCACUCCGUUCAUGGAGAAGGAACUUGCGGCCUUUCUGCGGCGCUGCCCACAAGGCGCUGUCUACGUGAACUUUGGGACCCUGGUUUCCCUGCACCGCCGUCAGGCGGAUCGGCUUGCCAGCGCCCUCCGGCAGCUUCCGUACUGUGUCGUUUGGAAACUGACGGAUGCGCAGCGGGAGCGCCUUUGCCAGGGAGAAUUGGGAGAGAUGGAGGGGCGGACGCACCUUCGGCCCUAUUUUGCUUCCUCGUUGAAAAUCAUGAAGCACGCGAAAGUGGUGGCGUUUGUCUCGCACUGCGGCGACCGCUCUGUGCAUGAGGCGUUGGAGUCCCAGUUACCUAUCGUUGGGAUUCCGUUCUUCGCCGACCAAUCGGACGUCUGCCAGCGCCUGCAGGAGGCAGGUGUGGGGAGGUGCGUCGGGCACAAGGACCGCUUUACCUCUGACGCGGUCUCGGGGGCAAUACAAUGGGUCGUGCAAAACGCAGACCAGGCAAAGGCCAACAUGCGACGACUGCUUCAGGUCUCCAGGUUCCUCGGUGGCGCUGAGCGGGCCGUCGACAUUAUUGAGAGCCGUUACCACAACCAUCUGCUUGGAAGAAAUGAGUCGCUCGAGCGAUGUGCUGUGUUUAACGACGAAUCGGGUGUAGAGGCGCAACCGCUGCGCAUUGAACAGCUUGACGUCUUCCUUGUAUGGAUUAUUGCGUUUGUUUCCUUGUGGCUUAUCGUCUUUGCGUGCACGGCGAAACUGUCGUCGCGCCUUGCCCAAGCAAUGCGACCAAAGCAGGCGUCCCUUGCAAAGAGAGGGCCGCGUUUUACCGUCUCACCCAGGGCAACGCAGCCGGAGAAGAAGGCCGAGUGA